AUGUUCUUGCUGACCUGCUGGAAGAGCGUGGAUGUUGUUGCUGCAGAUGGCGCCCAUGAGGUGCAGCUUGCUCUUGAUUUUGCGCUGCCUCUUGCGUCUUGUGGCAGUACGAGUCUCCACCCUGGCUUGCCUGUAGAGCGCCUUUCUGGCAGCAAAGCUAGCACGCUUGACAAGGGCCGGUGCGCUGAGAUGAUGGGGACGUUCAUCUGGGGAUUGUGCGCACGGUCAGCACCAUUGCCAGCAUGUGCUGCACACACUCACAUGCUGCCCGUGCUGCGGCGCCCAUACAAUGGCUUUGAUCCGGCAGGUUGAGCAUCACACUGAGCAACCUUGCACAUUGGGAGCCAUUCAGAGAGACGCACACCCAAAGUGUCCAAAGUUGCAAAGCUGAAAGUUUGUCAGCCCCCAGAUCACUGCAGCUGUCAAGGCGGCAUCUGGCAUCAUUGCAAGCAAAACAGCAACAGGUCGCUUAGCAUCUUUGCUCUUCAAUCAGCAACAAAAGUACCUCCCAGAGGAGAGACUUUUCCACACGCCCUACCACAUCAAUCAGUCCUGUCACGACAGCAUCAAGGAAGUCUUUUGUGUCCAAAAGAACACCAACUUUCCUUGUUUCUGGCACUUUGGUGACGAUGGGAACCUGCAUCUGACUGCUGAUGCCAGUCGAGGCCUGCCAACCCCUUCUAAUCAUGCGUACUACCCUCAAUGGCCCCCAGAGAGCAUUGCAGCGACGAGCAAAAACCAAAAUUUUGCAAACGUGCUUGAUGUCCCUCUGGUUCAGCUCAUUGCGCUGAACCUCAACUCCAGAGCCUCAAGUGUAUGCCUGGAUCAGUGGCAUAUCCUACACGCUUUCUGCAAGCUGGAUGCCUUCAAUGCUCCUGAUUCCUUCUGUGGAAGAAUGUGGAAGCAUGCUCUUCACAAGUCUGAGAGCAGUCCUAUCCAGGAGAUGUUUCACAGUACCUCCAAGGGGCCUGGGAGUCAGGCCAUGGUCAACACUGGCACUGCCAUUGCUGUGCGCUUUUGCAAUGAGUGGGAAGAAAGAAGCAGGCAGCUUGGAUGUAUCGAGGAUACCACAACUGCUGUGAGCAGCAAGGAUGCUGAGAUUGCCAUGCUCAAGCAGCAACUGCAAGGUGCGCGGCCACAAGGGUUCUCUCCUGGUCUCCAAAAUUGCCAGCAGACACCUCUCCACUGUCACCGCAGCAGCAUGCAGGAACAAAACAGCAGCUUGCUGCCACUCCAACUCCACCCCAUCUAGCCAAGCGCCUUCAACACAUGCAAAGGCAGCUCACAGCAACCUCAUUGCAAAACACUCAGCUUGAGUUGAGCUUGAGCGGCAAAUUGACUCUGGCAAGAUUGGCAGUGCUCAAGCUGCAAGUGCAAGGCAUGCAAAGGGCACUCUCUCCUGGUCUGCAAGACUUGCAAGCCAAGCCUUUCCCACUGCUACAGUAGUUGUAGCGGAUGAGGAAGCAGAGUAGCAGCUCAGUACUGCCCCAUGGUCACCCCAUCUCGGCCUUGCUGAGCGCCUUGCACAGAUGCAGACGGAGCUUCAGACCGCUCAAAUGCAAAUUGCCAGGAUGAAAGCCAAUUUGAAUCUGUUGAACAUACAAUACAACGCGCUUUAGUUGGAAGCAGAGACAAGCAUCGAAAAGCUCGAAGCAGAGCUACGCAGCGUACAAGACGAGCACAAGAGGGGCAACAGGCAGUCAGAGUCAUUUCUCUUGGGGCUCACAUUGCUGAACAUUUGACAUACAGCGCAAUCCACGGCGCUGCUCUUCUCCAUCAAGCCACCCCCCAAUACUGCGCUUUAGUGCGAGUUGAAGGAGAGCAAGCGGGAGGCUGCAUGUCAAAAGCACGCUCAGAUCAACAUGCCUCACCAGCUCAGAGCUUUCUAGAUGAGGCGCUUGGUGCGUCCAUAAAAAAUCAAGCAAACGCCAGCAAGCACGUGGUAGCUCAAGAGCUUCAGCAAGUGAGAUCUGACAUUGCUCAAGAGCAACCAGAUGCACAGAGAGCGCGUGCAAGACUCCAGGCAUACUGCGAUUGGCGAAUUGAGCUGAUGGUGAGUAGCGUGCAGCACAGCUUUUUUUGCUGAGCCACCGCCACAUCACACAUCGAAAGCUGGAGCAGAACAUUGAAAAUGCGAAAGGGGCCUGGGAGCGCGUCUAUUAUUGUUUGAAUCAGCGUUACGCCAUUAAGUUCGAGCGCUUCACGCUGAGCGCCAACGCUGCGCUUGCUGCCAAAGAGAAGCAAUGGCAGCAGACACACCAAAGCGUGGUCUCGCCAAUCGCUGCUCAGGCUGCCAGUGACGCCGCAUCUGAGGUAGCAUAG